UUAAAUCGUGUUUAUGUUAAUUUCGUAUGGAAUUGAAACAAUACCCUAUCUAGUAAAGUUACUAACUGUUAAAGUGACGCUAAAGAAUAAUUAAAACGAGUUUUAGUUCACGAUGGAAUCGUCAGCGUUACUGGGCGCGGAGAGUGUUUGCGUGAAGGCUGAGCCCUGUGAGGAUGUAUAUAUAAUUGAUGAGUCGUUGCUGAGCGUGUCUGUGAAAGCUGAGCCGUUGCUGGAUGACGUGUGUGUAAAAGACGAGCCCAGGUGCGAUAGCGUGUCUAUAAAAGCCGAGCCUUCGUGCGCAGAUGUGAGUGUGAAAGACGAGUCGGCCGGCGUGAGCGCGGCGGCGGAGCUGUACGCCGAUCACGCCGUCAAAGAUGAGCUCGUGCUCGGCCCCGUGCUAGUGGAGCGGCGCGGCGUGCGCCUCGCACCGACAGGGCAAACUCCACAGAAGAAACCAAGCAGUAGACCCGAAACUUUCCAUUGUGCCCACUGUAAAUAUACAACGACCAGAAAAGAAUUAUUAAUUAGUCAUUUGAGAAAACAUAUCAAUGAGAGGCCAUACAAAUGUGACCUUUGUAACUAUGCUAGUGCCUACAAAUGUCUUUUAGCAAGACAUACAAUGAUUCACACUGGUGAAAAACCUUAUAAAUGUGGCCAGUGUAAUUAUGCUACUGCCCAUAAAUAUUAUUUGCAACUUCAUGUAAAGAAUCACACUGGUGUAAAGCCUUACAAAUGUGGAGAGUGUAGUUUUGCUAGUGUCCGCAAUAGUGAUUUGCAAGUUCAUGUAAGGAAACACACUGGUGAAAAACCUUAUAAAUGUGUCCAGUGUAAUUAUGCUACUGCCUAUAUAGGUGAUUUGCAAGUUCAUGGAAGGAAACACACUGGUGUAAAGCAUUACAAAUGUGACCAGUGUAAUUACGCUACUGCCCGUAAAGGUUGUUUGCAACUUCAUGUAAGGAAACACACUGGUGUAAAGCCUUACAAAUGUGACCAGUGUAAUUAUGCUACUGUCCAAAAAGGUAAUUUGCAAGUUCAUGUAAGGAAACACACUGGUGAAAAACCUCACAAAUGUGAGCAGUGUAAUUAUGCUACUGCCCAUAAAGGUUAUUUGCAACUUCAUGUAAGGAAACACACUGGUGUAAAGCCUUACAAAUGUGACCAGUGUAAUUAUGCUACUGUCCAAAAAGGUAAUUUGCAAGUUCAUGUAAGGAAACACACUGGUGAAAAACCUCACAAAUGUGAGCAGUGUAAUUAUGCUACUACCCAUAAAGGUUAUUUGCAACUUCAUGUAAGGAAACACACUGGUGUAAAGCCUUACAAAUGUGGACAGUGUAGUUUUGCUAGCAACCAUAAAAAUGGUUUAAAAUAUCAUGUAAGGAUACACACUGGUGAAAAGCCUCACAAAUGUGACCAGUGUAAUUAUGCUACUAUCUAUAAACGUGGUUUGCAACUUCAUGUAAGUAAACACACUGGUGAAAUUAAAGCCUCACAAAUGUGACCAGUGUAAUUAUGCUACUA